GGAUUCGAAAAACCAGAAAAGAAAAAAAAAAAGAUCUCCCAAAUACCCAAACAAUAAAAUCAAUCAACGGUCGAGAUGAGGACAGCUGAAUCGCUGCAAGAAGAAGAAGAAGAAAGAAUGGAAGUCGAAGUAGAUGUAGAUGUAGAAGACGAAGACGAAGAACAGAUCCACAAAUUGAGAUCCAAAGCCACGGAAUUACUCCUCAGAGAAGAAUACAAAGAUUCAAUCCAAGCCUACACACAGAUCAUCUCCCUCUGCCGAGAAAUCAUUUUCAGAAAAUCUCCAGAAGCAGCCAUAGUCGCCAAGCUGCAGAAGACCCUCUGUCUGGCCUUCUCGAACCGGGCCGAGGCCCGGGCCCGGCUGCAGGAGUCCACCUUAGCAUUGAUUGAUUGCGAGGAGGCAUUGAGGAUAGAGAAUUCCCAUUUCAAGGCUCUCCUCUGUAAGGGUAAGAUCUUCUUAAGCUUAAAUGGCUAUGGUAUGGCUAUGGAGUGCUUCAAGUCUGCAAAUCUUGCGGCAAACGGGAACUCGGAUGUCGUAAAUUCGUUGUUAGAGAAAUGCAAGAGAUUCGAGUCUCUGUCGAGGACCGGGGCAUUCGAUGUUUCCGAUUGGGUUUUGAAUGGCUUCCAUGGAAGAGUGCCUGAAUUGGCUGAAUUUGUAUCUUCUGUGGAGAUCAAGAAAUCGGGAAUCAGCGGGCGCGGGAUGUUCGCGACGAAGAACAUCGAGAGCGGAGCCUUGUUGGUGGUGACAAAAGCCGUUGCCGUCGAAAGGGCGAUAGUAAUGCCUCAAGAUUCAGGGAAAGAUGCCCAACUGGUUAUAUGGAAGAAUUUCAUCGAAAAAGUGACAGAAUCCGCCACUAAAUGCAGCAUGGUUAGGGAUUGGUUAGCGAAGUUAUCAUCCGGGGAAGACGACGAGGAGGGGAAGGAAGUUCCCGAUAUCAGAUCCUUUAAUCCGGAGGCUAUAAUCGAUGUCUUUGACAAGAAUCUGGACAAGGGAAGGCUUGUGAGCAUUUUGGAUGUGAAUUCGAUUCUUGAGAACGCGGUAUCGUCGAAGGUUUUAGGGAAGAAUGCGGAUUACGAAGGCGUCGGGUUAUGGAUCUUGCCGUCGUUCAUCAAUCAUUCGUGCGAUCCUAAUGUACGACGGGUGCACAUUGGCGAUCAUGUGGUGGUUCAUGCUUCGAGGAACGUUAAGGCUGGGGAAGAGCUGACAUUUGCCUACUUUGACGUGCUGUGUCCGUUAAACCGCCGGAGAGAAAUGGCGACGAAUUGGGGGUUUGUCUGUGAAUGUAGAAGGUGCAAAUUUGAGGAAGAUUUGCUCUGCAAGCAAGAAAUGAGGGAGAUUGAGGCUGCCAUGGGAGAUCUGGUGUAUAGACUUGAGGAAGGUAUGAGGAAAUGGAUGAUUAGGGGGAAGAAGAAGGGUUAUCUGAGGGCUUCGUUUUGGGAAGCUUAUUCGGAGCUUUAUGGGUGUGAAAAAAUGGUGAGGAAAUGGGGAAGAAAGGUUCCUUCUGUAGAGAGUGUUGUGGACAGUGUUGUGGAUGCAGUUGGGAGUGAUGAAAGGAUUGUGUGUAUUUUCAUGGAGGGUUUGAAGAGAGGUGGGGUUGUCAAUGGAGUUGUGGAGAUGGAGAAAGCUAUGAAGUUUUGGAGAGGGGUUUAUGGCAAAGUGAUGAAGAAACAGGCAAUGAGGACAUUGAUUGAUUCGAUUUAGUGGGAAUCAAGAAUGUUAGAGAAGAUGAUAUAUAUAUAUAGAUAUAUAUAUAUAUAUGUAGUUCGACAUUCAAUUUGUUACAUUCAUAUGCUAAA